GCCCACAUGAUAUAACCGCUCUAUGGAGCAGUAGCAGUUUCUCCCAAAAUUGCAAACUUUCUCGCAAAUCCUCUCUCUCCCUACUUACACUCAUCAUUCGUGAAAAUCCGUGCUCCAUCGUGAGCUUGCUACUUUCCGUUCCCAUCAAAUGUUGACCUCUUUUUCUUUCUUCCAUUCCUCACAUGGCCACGGCUGCCCCGUAGUUUUACAGUUUCCAUUCUCCGUUCUGUGAAAUUUGGGGUACCAAAGUUUACAUGCAUAUGCCUCAAACUGACCGUCUUCUCGUGGUUUGAGCAAUUUUCGAGUUUGAAGGUUUUUAUUAUUAUAUAUGUUUGCUUCGGGAUCGAUUCUUGAGGAUUGUAAACAAGCAACGGCAGUGAGCGAUGAAGAACGACGAGCAAGCUCGUAGUCUGUUUGGAAUUUCGCUCUCAGACAGACCCAAAUGGCAACAAUUUCUCAUUUGUUCUUCUGGCUUCUUCUUUGGAUACCUUGUCAACGGCAUCUGCGAGCAUCUGAACAACACUUUCUGAGGAAUCAGGAGUAUGUGUAUAACAGGCUCCUUUUCAGCUACGGAUGGUACUUCACGUUUGUUCAAGGAUUUGUUUAUCUGUUUCUGAUUUACCUCCAAGGCUUCACAAGCAAGCACAUGGUGAACCCAUGGAAAACCUAUGUGAAGCUCUCUGCUGUCCUCAUGGGUUCACAUGGUCUAACAAAGGGAUCUUUGGCUUUCCUGAACUACCCUGCACAGAUAAUGUUCAAAUCCACCAAGGUGCUGCCGGUGAUGAUAAUGGGUGCCUUCAUACCGGGUUUGAGAAGGAAAUAUCCGUUUCAUGAAUAUGUGUCUGCAGUACUUUUGGUGGUGGGCUUGAUUUUAUUCACUUUAGCGGAUGCACAAACAUCACCCAAUUUCAGUUUCACUGGUGUUAUAAUGAUAUCCGGUGCUUUGGUCAUGGAUUCCUUUCUGGGAAAUCUGCAAGAAGCAAUCUUCACAAUGAAUCCUGAGACCACACAGAUGGAGAUGCUCUUCUGCUCCACUGUAGUGGGUCUACCUUUCUUAAUCCCACCCAUGCUUUUAACUGGAGAGCUAUUCACAGCAUGGACUUCAUGUUCACAGCAUCCGUACGUGUAUGGCGUGUUGGUGUUUGAAGCGAUGGCCACUUUUAUCGGCCAAGUCUCCGUCCUCUCCCUCAUUGCCAUUUUUGGCGCAGCCACAACAGCUAUGAUAACAACAGCAAGAAAGGCAGUGACAUUGAUGCUGUCAUACUUGAUAUUUACAAAGCCGUUGACGGAACAGCACGGGACUGGACUUCUGCUGAUAGGCAUGGGAAUCAUAAUGAGGAUGUUGCCUGAAAAUAAACCCUCCAAUACCAGCAAGGCCUCACCCUCUUCUCCUACUGGUGAUGAUCAAGAGCUCAGGAGUACGAUGCCCUCGGUUUAAAUCUUUUGAAUCUCAUUUCUCUCCAUCUACUUUUCACCAAGGACCCUCUUAAAGUGAAUUUAAUGUGCACUUUCGCCUUUUAAUGCAUACGCUGGAGCAUCAUGAUUCAUACCUUCAUGAAUUCUAUUACAUAUUUGUUGGGGAAUAUCGUUAAAAGUUUUUUCUUUAUAUAUAUAUAUAUAUAUAUAUAUAU